AUGCCUGCGGGGUCUGCAUGGUGUCACUCUGCUUUGCUAUUGCUUCUCUCCUCCGCGCCCCUGUGGGCAGCUGAGAUGUUUGCUCUCUACAAGUUGCCAAAACAUGCCAAAGGAGAGAUUCCCAUGCUGGGGCUGGAAUACAUGUACAUGGACGCCCUGGCUCCACAGUGGCAGCUGGGUAAAUACCUCAUCAACAUGACACAGGGUGCUCUGGGACAAACACUGAAGCAGCUGUACGAGACAUACGAAUCUGAGAGGAACAGCAUUGCAUAUGCUAUAUACAAUGACGAGGUCCCUGAAUCACACUCCGACGGGUGGAAAAGAGGGCAUACCAAAGGAUUUCUGCUCUUGGACAAAUCACAAGGCUUCUGGGUGGUUCACAGUGUGCCUCUGUUCCCUCCCAUCCCUGAGGAUGGUUACGGGUAUCCAGCUACCGGGGAGUCCUACGGCCAGACAGCCAUCUGUAUAACCUUCAAAUAUGACCAGUUCACAGAAAUAGACCAACAGAUGCUGAGUUAUAAUCCAGGAAUCUACAGCUGUUCCAUCCCUAACAUCUUCCAAGCUGAUCUCCCAAAUCUGCAGAAGCUCUGUGCAGGGUCCAGGCUGCCCUCGGUCCCCUUGCGCCAUCUCUCCAAACUCCAGUCAGCUCAUGGGGAAACCUUUCUCCACUUCGCGAAGUCACACUUGUACAUAGAUGAUAUCUACGUGGCCUGGGUGGCUCAGGAACUGAAGACCGAUUUGUUGGCUGAAUCCUGGCAGCAUUCCGGCCAAAAACUUCCCUCAAAUUGCUCUCUCAACUACCACGUCUACAACAUAAACCUAAUAGGGACGCCACUGAAUUCCACCUUUUAUUCCAUUAACGAUCAUUCCAAAUGGGCUGUUUCAAGGAAAGACAAAGAUCAGUGGACCUGCAUCGGAGACUUAAACCGUGCUGCUGAGCAAGCUUGGAGAAGUGGUGGGUUCAUCUGUACGCAGAACGAGCACAUCUACAAAGCCUUCAGACAUUUGAUAAUCCACUAUGAAAGUUGCACUGAUGCUCCCACAUUGAUAUAACGAACCAUUCCUCCCAAACAGCACAGCCCAUCGUUACUUAGAAAGUGUAGGAAACGUCUCCCUUAAACUGUAUUUUCACUCUGAAAAA